CCACGCCAUCCCAAUCAGCUCGGCAAAAGUGUCCCGCAGCUCGUCGUGGCGACGAAUCACCAGGCCGUACCGCUUGCAGCACAGCGCAUGGUCGACAUCAUUCCCGCACCACUGCUAUGUACUGCACACACGCGGCGGCAUGCACAGCUCGUCAGCCCCUGGCCUUUGUUGGAGCCACGUUGAUCACUUGCGUCCUCCCCGUCUGUCCGCCGGUCCAGCCAUCCUGACGCCGUGCUUCCUGGCCUGCUUGACGAACUUGCGCAGCUGGUGGCACUUGCCCAUCAACAGGUCGAGCUUGCGCAUCAGCUGCUCUUCUGACAGCUGCCACACGUAGUCUGACAGGGUGUCACCAUCUAACUCGUGCUGACAGGGACACACAGACACAGAACAGGGAGAGGGAAGGCCGAUGGGCAUGGGAGAGAGAGAGAGAGAGAGGAAGAGUUGUUGCGUGUUGGUGUGUAAAGCAAUGUGUGCACCUCACCUCCUUUAUGAUGUCGGUCAGCUCCACGAGGGCCUUGCGGUCGCUCUGCCCCAACGCCUUGACUAAUUCUUCGCUCGUCAUGCCCUCCAGCGACCUGCUGUCUGAGCACGACAACACACACAUGAUGGAUGCACAAAGUGGGUGGUCUUGGCGUGCUGUCACACCUUUGUUCGCGGCCCCCUCCCUGUCGCUCACGGCGCCAUCGUCGCUCCGGUCGUCGUCAUCCCGAGUCCGUUUGCGACCCCUCCUCGGCACCAGCAACGAACCGUCUACCUGAUCAAAGUCGGUCGGUGACAAACAGACAGACAGAACGGGAUGUGAGGCGACCAAUAAAUGCAACCCCCCAAGUGUCACGCACUCACCCCCUGGUCCCGCGCGUGUUCGACGAAUAGCUCCAACUCAAAUCCCUUGCCCAUAGAAAUAUCUAGCAGCGUCUAAAAGCAGCCAGCCAGCCAACACAUGAAAUGAAUGCCGGAUGCCAAGCAGAUGGGCACUGUUCGCACAGCAUAGCAUACCCACCCGCAGGUCCUCCCGCGAGUGCCGGUCCAUCAGCUCACUCAACACCUUCCCACUCAGCUCAUGCUGCACACAUACAACAGCAAUCGAUUGGCCAUGCGCCACUCCCUUGUCCUCCCUGCCUCUUCGCACCUUCUCAACGAUAGUAGCCAGGCCGCGAAGCUCUUUCGACUCGCUCUGCUCGAGUGCGAGAGCCAGCUGUCGAGAGCUCAGCGCCUCCAGCGGCUUAUUCUCAACUCCUCCCUCCUGCCCCUGCGAUGACGAGUUGGCUCCUCUAUUGGCCAUGGGAACCUCAGCAGCAGCGGGUGCAGCCGCAGGCGGUGAGCCGGGUGACUUCGGUGGUGAGUCGAGAAGAACCUCCUCACGCCGCUCACGAAGUCUCGGACUGCUGCGCUGCCGAGCGACUGGCUUCGGUUUGGCUGCGGCGGCCUUGGCUGUCGCCUUCGCCUUCGCCUUGGCUGCUGGUUGCGGUAGCGCUGCUGGUGGCGGUGGCGGCGGUAAUGCUGGUGGGUUGCGGGCGGCGGCUUUGGCUUUCGCUUUGGCUGCCGGUGGUGGUGCCACAGAAGGUGGUGCAGGCAGUGCGGGAGCCUCAGGGUGCUUGGGAUAUCGUUUGAGGCGCUGCUUAGGCGCCAUAGAAGGCCUGGUGGCGCCAGAAACUCAUGGGAAUGCCACCAUCACGCC